UGAGCGGCGGCAUGGGAUCACGGCCGGGGGAGACCAACCUCGUCCAGCCGAGAGGGCAGGGCGCGCUGCCGUCCGGCAUGGCGAUGCAGCCCUGGUGGACGGGCUCCGGGCUCGGGGCCGUGUCUCCGGCCGUCGUGGCGCCGGGGAGCGGAGCGGGGAUCAGCCUGUCGAGCAACCCGCUUGGUGGUGGCGGCGGCGCGACCAAGGGCGCGCCGGGGAAGGCGGUCGACGAUGCGCGGGCGGAGAGCAGCGAGGAUUCACGCAGAUCAGGGGAACCAAGAGAUGGGAGCUUUGAUGAAGAAAAGCAGCAUGCUACAUCUCAGAUGCCUGCUUUGGCUUCAGACUAUUUAGGACCAUAUUCACAGCUGGAGCUAAACCAACCAAUUGCUUCAGCACCAUAUCACUACCCUGAAGCUUACUAUACAGGCAUGGUUGGUCCAUAUGGAGCUCAAGCCGUGGCCCAUUUCCAGCUGCCUGGAUUAACUCAGCCUCGCAUGCCAUUGCCUCUUGAAGUAUCGGAGGAGCCUGUCUAUGUAAAUGCUAAGCAGUAUCAUGGGAUUCUAAGAAGGCGGCAAUCACGGGCAAAGGCUGAACUUGAGAGAAAGGCGAUUAAAGAUAGGAAGCCUUAUCUUCACGAGUCCCGUCACCAGCAUGCGAUGCGAAGGGCGAGGGGAACCGGGGGACGCUUCCUGAACACGAAGAAGAGUGAAAACGGCACUUCCAAUGGCGAGAGAACAGAACCAAACAAAGGGGAGCCGAACUCCGAGUAUCUCCGUGUACCUCCCGACCUGCAUCUUCGUCAGGCAUGAAGCAGCAGUUUGGCGACCUAGAACUGUGGCUUUUGUCCACCGGCAUAUACGACACCCGGCGGUGGAUUGGUUUUCUCCCGACGCAUCUU